AUGAAGACCUUUGUUCUGCUCAUGACGAUGAUCGUUUUCGGCAUCUCUUUCUCUAAACCCAAUCCUAAACUCGUGCCAUUAGUAAAGAAAUGCAAUAUAGUAAUACCGGUUGAACAUUAUUCACAGACAGUGCUUUUCGAUAUGGAUGUGUUUGGUCAACCGGAGUUAAAAACAUGUAUCCUGAAAGAAUGCCUCAUAAACCACACCGUGAUCUUAUUAAACGUGUUCGGUAAAGACAUAGACAUCGGGCUCAAUGUAACAAGGACUUUCAUAAGAACAAGUGAUAACCCUAACGUGAUGAUCAUGACGAAAUAUUUGACAAAGAAGGUAAUAGACUCUCCAGUGUGGAAGUUCUUCUCUAAAUCCAGAUGGUCUGUACUUUAUAUGAUCGUUACUGGCGAAAAAAAAUACAAGUGUACCACCAAUGGCACGAUGGCAGAAAAGGAUUUUCUAAUUCUCAAGAAUGUUAUGAACUAUCUAUGGCAUAAAUUCCAAAUUAUGCGUGUUGCUUUGUUAUUCCCUCGUGCAUGUAAACAAAAAAUCAUCCUUUAUCACGGCAAGCAACCAUCUUCCGAUAUUUUAUAUGAUAGAUCUAUUAAAAUAUAUAACAACUCGAAUAACACAGACACGUAUUUAGCUAUUAAGAAAAGUGGUGACAAUUUGGCUGACGACUACCCUAUGCAAGGAAGUAUAUUCUACAGAAUUCCUACGUCUAUCAAACAUUGUGACAAUAUGCAUUACUAUGUGCAUUUCAAUUUGAAUUUGACACUCGGGUACUGUGGUUUGGAUGGAAUGGUAAUGCAUGACAUUCUGACUUAUUUAAAAUUCAAUCUUACCGUCCCAGAAAAUCCAUCUUGUAACAAUUACGGGUCAGGCGACGCGAGUGGUGUACUUGGAUGCAUCAUUCGCAACGAAGUGGACAUAUCCUUCAAUUCUAGAUUCAUGACGAUGUACUCAGAUGAACAUAUUUAUUAUCUCCAUUACGUUACAAUCGACACAUUAUGUGCUUUAAUAAAAAGACCUGACAUGGUACCACUUUGGCAAGGAGUGUAUAAUUUUUUUUCUGCGGAGAUCUGGACACUGACAGGAGUGGUGUUGGUAGCAAUAGCUUGCAUCCUAUGGGCCACUGCGCUGGUAAACAAAACAUUGACCGGCUCCGAGACAGAGACAUUCUGGAGAUAUUUGUACUCUAGCGUGAUAUCAACAAUGAUCGGAUAUUCACCGAUGAAAACCAAAACAUAUCUUAUGAUUAGGAGCGCGUGCUUAAUGGGAUCUAUUUUAUUUUUAGCUGUUUAUCAGAGUCACAUGAGUAGAGUGUAUACAACAAUAAAACAUUUUCCUCAAAUAAAAACUCUAAAAGACUUAUACAGUUCUGGAGCAAGUUUAUAUACCUCUCCAACAAUGAAAGAAUUUAUGAGGCAAUUACAGAAUCCAGAUGACGGACUGCAAAGUGAAUUCUUUAAUAAGGCAUCUUUAACGACAGGGGAACGACUCGGUGCAGGAAAACUUCUGGAGAAUCCGCACCUAGCCACAAUAGAUAGAAAAACUGACGCUGAAAUGGAAAUCCUCAAAAAUUACUCCGAUCCUUUUGGGAUGCCUCUUAUAGAUAUAUUGGAAGAAUGCUUCAGGACCUAUUACGUGUCAUAUAUUUCACGAUCAGAUUUUCCGUUUUUCGAAACUGUACAAAAGUUUAUGCAGCAUCUACAAGAAGCUGGUCUUCCAGCGAUGUACUACAAGUGGACCCAGCAGAUGCUGGACAUACCAAACACUGUACCAGACUACCACAACCAAGCACGACGACCCUUCUCGAAAAUAACGUUAACUGAUCAAAGUGUUGCUUUUGCGAUACUGGCUCUUGGUGUAAUAAGUUCUUUAGCUAUAUUCAUAGUUGAAAUAUGGAAUGGAAGACGUCUUACUAAAAUUAUUAAUGAAACUGCUACACUUAACACCUAA